AUGUUACGAACCCCCACUGGAAUUCCCCGUCCACGGAGCACGAGUACUGAUAUAAACUCUCCACAUUUACAGCUAACUGCCGUUCCAGAAGGCAAUGCUACAAACGACGCUCGAAAGAGACAAGCAAAAAAAGAUGAGACCAUAAGAAAGAAAUUGGAGCAAGAGUUGUCACGGCAGACCGGAAAAACGUUUACCAAGCCACCGCAAAGGUGUAAUGGAACUGUGGGUAGUCUGAGACCAUUGCCUGCUAUAACAUUACCAGAAACCGCAACCGCUUCUGAAGCUGCACGACACAUGGCAGUAAAGCGAGCGGACGCUGUUCUUGUUACCGAUGAAGAUGAUCAAUUAACGGGCAUUGUCACUGAUAAAGAUUUGGCUUUUCGUGUACUUGCCGAAGGCCAUGAUCCUAGAUCAACAUCCCUUGGAGAUAUAAUGACCAGAGAUCCAUGUACAGUUACCACAGCCCAUAAUGCCACAGAUGCUCUUAACAAAAUGGUUGCCGGAGGCUUUCGUCAUUUGCCAGUAACUGAUAGCAACUCUGAAGAUAUAAUAGGAAUGCUGGAUAUCACAGAAUGUUUAUUAGAGGCUCUCACGAAACUUGAACGCGCACAAAAAUCGUCUAAGCAAUUAACCGAAGUAUUAGACACAAUGUCGGAAUACGACACCGCACACAAUAAAGAUGUGACGAUAUACGUGAAAGCGCUACGAGAACAACUCGGAUUCCCAACAGUGUCGUCGAUCCCUCUUCCGAAAGCUCCAUCUGAAGUCUCUAUUCGAACUAACGUACGCGAUGCGGCACGUGUAAUGAAAGAAUGUCACCAGACUGCGACAUUAGUUAUUGACGAGGGAAAAACUGUCGGAAUUUUCACUUCCAAAGAUAUUGUUGUUAGGGUAAUGGCUAUGGGUCUAGAUCCGACAAUUACCUCUACAGUACGAGUAAUGACUCCAUCGCCGGACAUGGCAGGUCCGGAUAUGACAAUCCUGGACGCAUUACGCAAAAUGCACGGGGGACACUAUCAACAUUUACCAUUACUUGAUCAAAAUAAUUCGGUGAUUGGUGUGGUGGAUAUUUUACAACUUACAUAUACUACCUUGAAUACGCUGAAAUCCAUGCAAAUUCAAGAAGCCGACGGACCAGUAUGGAACAAAUUCUGGAACGCAAUCACUACGGAUGAAAUCAACUCUGACAGUCUCUCUGAUCAUCGCACAAACAACCACGGUUCACUCUCAAUCGACAACCACAGUAUUAGAAACCCAUCAACAGGCGCCACUAGUCCAUCAUCAAACGAGGGUGGUCCAACCCUAAGUCGUCGCUUUUCUACAGUGUCGAAACUCGACGACGAUACAUUCACAUUCAAAUUCACCGAUCCAAGUUCUUCACAGACACAUCGAUUCAAUGCGCCAUGCAAAGAUUUGGAGGAUUUUUCGAAAGUAAUUCGUGGGAAGAUGUGUUUAGAUUCGCCGUGCAGUUUGACGAUCAGUUAUAUCGAUGAUGAGAAUGAUAAAAUCGUGUUGAAUUGUGAUGAUGAUUUACAGACUGCCGUCUCGGCUGCACGAAAAGCUCGAAGUAGUUUAAUAAAAUUGGUCGUGGAUAUUCAACAGCAGUCGUAUCCUCCAUUAGAAGAUGAACUGCUUCCCGAUAUACCGGCAUCCCCGGCUUCUCCAACUCCAUCAUAUUCUCGAUCUUCGCGGUCGCUUCAAUCUCCUUCUCCCACGACUCAUAAUUCUUAUUCUCCUACUCAACUUCACACAAAAAACUCUACAUUAACUGAAUUUUUGGCAGUUUCCGGGGGGUCAUUUACCGUGGGACUUGCUGUUGGAGCAGCUUUGAUCAACAACAAAAUAUCAGUCAUCUAG